AUGGCCGAGCCGGCGGCGGGCGGCGGGCCGGCGGCGGCGGGCGGCAGCUCCGAGGACUACGAGUGCAAGAUCUGCUACAACUACUUCGACGGGGAGCGGCGGGCGCCCCGGCUGCUGGAGUGCCUGCACACCUUCUGCCAGGAGUGCCUCCGCCAGCUGCACCUGCGCGCCGCGCAGCUCCCCGCGGGCGCGGGCGCCGCCGCCGCCGCCGCCGCCGCCGCCUCGCUGGCCUGCCCGCUGUGCCGCCACCGCACGGCGCUGCCCGCCCGCCGGGUGCUCGGCCUGCCCGUCAACACCAGGCUGGCGGCCGCCUGCCCGCCGCAGCUCCGCGCCCGCGACCCGCUGCCGCAGGACCGGCUGCCGCCGCCGCCGCCGCCGCGCCGCGCCGCCGCCCCCGAGAGCUGCCAGAGCUGCGAGCGGGCGGCGCUCGGCGCGGGCUGCGCCUGCCUCGUCCUCUCCUUCCUCGCCAUGGUGGUGCUGCUCUUCACCGGCCUCAUCUUCCUCAACCGCCACGGCGGCGAGGCGGCCGCGCCGCCCUCGCCCGUGGGCCCCGUCUGCCUCUCGGUGGCCAGCGCGCUGGCCCUCCUCUCCGUCGCCGUCACCUGGCUCAUCUGCUGGCUCAAGUACCGGCCCGAGGCGGCGAGCGAUACCUCGCUGGCCGUUGAUUUCGACUUUUACAAAGCGAGAGAAACCCCUACUGAGAGGCAGACUUCUCGCAUCGCACCAGGAGCGGGAUACCGUGGCAACGUUGGCGUGUUUAACAUUUACCUGCGGUCAAGGUAG